AUGCAGCAUACUUUACGGAGUGGCAAAGAUUUCGUUGAAUCGACGAUGGCGACUGCUACCCGAGUGCCGUAUUACUACACCACGACCUACCACAGCACACAUACAUAUCCCUCCAAAAGGCCUCCCGAUGCUGUGAGACAGAGUUCCGCGAACUACACAAUUGAUAGAACGACUAGAGACUACGAUAGAAAUGAGAUGGCCAGUACCACGGAAAGAAGUGAGAAUUUCAUGAUGCUAGUGGAUGACUUUAGUGAUUAUUUUUACGGGAACGUUAGUCAUGACAUAUUCAACGUGCGGAACCAAACGCUGGACGUAUUGAACAAUGUCUACGAAUACCCAAACUGCACCUUCAACGGUACCCUAAACGUGUCCUGCUUCGGAAGGUUGGACACGGAACCGCAGUACAACUUCUGGGCAUUGUUGCUGCUGAUAUUUCCGUUCUUCACGUUGUUCGGUAACGUGUUGGUGAUCUUGAGUGUUGUGAGGGAGAGGACAUUGCAGACGGUGACGAACUACUUCAUAGUGAGCCUGGCGGUAGCAGAUUUGCUGGUGGCGGUAGUUGUGAUGCCGUUUGGAGUUUAUUAUUUGGUGAGUUAU